UAAAUGUCAGACUGGUGAUUUUAACAGAGAACAGUACCGAGUGAGAUUUCAACGAGAGAUGAUCACAUCAAAGAUCAUUUGACGUAUACGUGUAAGUCAAAGAUUAGUAUCGAUCUAUCGUGAUAACACAUCGUUCGUGACGACGAAUGAUUAAUAGCAAAAGAAAAAAGGAAGGAAAAAAAAGGAUACAAUAAUCAUGAGUUUAUUACUCCUCGUACUUGUACUAUGCGGAAUAUUGGCGCUGUACAUUUAUUGCCGAAGGAUAUACAGUUAUUGGGAUAAACAAGGUAUACCAGAGGCACCAUAUUAUUUACCAAUCGUUGGUCACUCCUUGCCAUUGUUAUUAUUGCAAAAAAGUAUACGCCAAUUGGCAGCUAGUUGGUACGAUCAGUACAAGAACAACAGUAUGGUUGGUUAUUACGACGGUGUAUUACCAGGAUUAUUGAUAAGGGAUCCUGAAUUGAUUAAAACUGUACUGUUAACGAAUUUCACGAAUUUCCCAGUGACCGCAAUGAAGAUCGAUAAGAAUUUAGAUCCUUUGUUAGCCAAGCAUCCAUUUUUUUUAAAAGGAGAAGAAUGGUUAAUCGGUAGGAAAAGAUUGACCUAUGCGUUUUCUAGUAUGCGAUUGAAAAUAUUAUCAGAGACCGUACGUAAAGUUUCCAAGAAGCUUGACGAUUAUUUGUACAGAAAGAUCAAAGAGAAUGAAAGGAUCGAAUUUGAGACCAGGGAUCUAUUUGGUAGAUUUACCGGCGAGGUUGUCGCCAAUGCUGGUUUCGGUAUCGAAGGAUAUUGUUUCGAUGAUAAUUACAAUCCGCAAUCGUUCCAUGAGAUUGGUAAAAAGAUAUUCUCUAUAAGCUGGUUACAAAGUGCUUUGCAAUCGAUAGCAUUCCUCUUACCGAUUAUAAACAAUUAUUUAAAAAUACGAUUUAUACCGAAGGAUAUAGAUCAUUUCUUUCGAAUGAUCGUUAAACAGGUAAUAGAAAAGAGACGAACAGAGAAUGAAAAACGUAACGAUUUCUUUCAAUUAAUGGUAGACCUUGAAAAAAGCGAAGGAGAAAAGUUCGACGAGGAAUCAUUGACGAGUCAUGCAGUCACGUUCUUCAUAGACGGAUACGAAACAUCAUCGAUGACCUUGAGCUUUAUUUGUUUUGAUCUUUCCGUACAUUACGAUAUACAAGAAAAAUUGAGGAAAGAGAUCAAAGAUGUAUUAGAUAAAUAUCAAGGUGAGAUAACUUAUGAUUCCUUAAAAGAGAUGACGUAUUUGGAUCAAGUGAUAAAUGAGUCCCAAAGAAUAAAUACAUUAUUGAAUACAAUGACUCGAAUAUGUACCGAUAAGAUUCAAUUGAAAGGUAACGAUGGUUUAACUUGCACAGUUGAACCAGGUACAAAGAUUAUUAUAUCGCUUCAGUCGUUACAAAAAGAUCCAAAAUAUUGGAUCAAUCCGGAAGCGUUUGAUCCAGAUCGAUGGAACGAAGAAAGGAAAGCCAACAUUAAUAAAUAUUGUUUUUUACCAUUUGGUGAAGGUCCAAGAAUGUGCGUUGGACUUAGGAUGGCAUUGUUACAGAUGAAAGCUGCACUUGUAACCAUAUUAAUGAAAUAUAGAAUCGAACGAAACCCAAGGACUAGUUAUCCGCCUAAAAUCAGCACUUUUGGGAUAAUGUUGACACCGAUCGACGGGCUUUGGAUUUAUCUGACACGUCUUUAAAAGAAAUUCAAAGUCAAACCGCAGAUGAAAUUUCCAAUUAGCUUGAUUGUAAAUGAAAUUUACAAUACAGACGUAACCAGAACACAAUACAGAUACAAACGGGACACAAUCAGGAUACAGAGUCCAGACGCAACCUGGACGCAAUCAGGAUACAAUUCAGAUGCAACCAGGAUGUAACCAGAAUACAAUCUUGAUGUAACCAGAAUGCAAUCAGGAUACAAUUCAGAUGCAACCAAAUUGCAAGCAGGACACAAUUCAGAGGCAACCAAAUUGCAAGAAGGGCACAACUUAGAUGCAACCAGAAUACAUCCAGGGUACAGUCCAGAUGCAACCAGGAUGCAACCAGAGUACAAUCUUGAUGUAAUCAGAAAUGCAAUCAGGAUACAAUUCAGAUGCAACCAGAAUCCAUUCAGGGCACAGUCCAGAUGCAACCAGGAUGCAAGCAGGACACAACUUAGAUGCAAUCAGAAUCCAUUCGGGAUACAAUUCAGAUCAAUUGCGAGACAUAAUUAAUGAGACAUAAAAUAGAAAGAAAUUCAAGAAUUAAAUAUCCAAUUGAUAUCGACGUUUUGACUAUACUCUCGAUGCCUUAUUGGCAUUUUUCAUAUAUGAAAACUAACAUCUGAAUAAUAAUUGUCAAUUAUGUAAUAUUACUUUCGUUUUGCAUCGAAUGGAAAAAAAAAAAUAUGUAUAUAAAAAAAAAAAAAUAUAUAUAUAUAUAUAUACAAACUUACAUGGAACAAUUAUUUAUUUAUAACAAAAUAUAUAAACAAAUGUGAUCUGUAUACGAUAAAAAAAUUCCAGAAAAAACAUUGAUAAGAAAAAAAUUUUACUUCUUCUGAAUAACUUCGUUUCUAAUCUUUCUAGUCUCUAAUUUCAUGAUUAUUAUACGUUAUUCUCGCGUUAUGAAAAAAAUCAAAUUGAUAAAAUUCAAAUUGGAUGUGAAAAGAAAAAAAAACACCCCGUAUCAUUUUCCCUUCCCUUUCCUCCCCACCUCUCUCUCCCUCUCUCUCUCUCUCUCUCUCUCUCUCUCUCUCUCUCUCUAUUUAUCCUCUUUAUCAUCUUACUCGUCCACAAUUAUUUUUUAUUUCGCAAUGAUAAACGUAGAUAUCAAACGAGAGUACGUCUUUACUUAUCGCAAAAACACAAAGUACAAGAACGCAAUACAUAUCGCUCAUACGAAUAAUAUUGAACAGUAGAGAGUAAAAUUGCGACGCGAAAAGAACAUUUCAUAAAUUUGCUCGAAAUACAGUGCGCGUUAACAUUGAAAUACAAAUAUUUAAACAUUCUGCUCUUCUUUCGAUUUCAUUCGAGACACCGUGUAUAAUUAAUUACGAAAUAAAACAAAAAAAAGAAAAAAAAA